AGAAAAGUAACCACCCCUCCAUCGUCAUCGUGAUAUCCGCAACUUCCACAACCAAACCACGCACUCCUCCUCCAAUCAACCGGGAAGGUCAAUCCCGCCACGAUGCUCUCCCGAACGAUCCAGCAUUCCCUCCGCCGGAGCGCCGCUGCGUUCACCAAGCCACUCACAGCAGCAACAUCACCUCACCUCCAGACCCGCACAUAUGCCCAGCAACCACCGAAAGACAGCACGCCUGCUGAGUCCGAGCCGAUCCUUCCGACCGAUGCCACUGCCUCCCCUCUCGAGAAUGCUUCCACCACUACCCGAGAUCCUCCCCAGGAUGCGGCCGAACAGCCCGGCCCCAGUACCGGCUCGCGCUCGCGCUCCAAGACUGGCGGCGAUGGACUCCCACGAUCUGCGUACGUCUCGUCGACCGACCGGAGACGCAAUGCUAUGGCAAAGUACUCCGCCUAUGCUGCACUGCUAGGUUUAGUCGGCGGCACACUGUACCUUGGGCGUGAUUUGGAGCCGGAUGAGAAGGAGGUACAUCCGACUAUUGGCAGUGGAUGGGACGAGUUCUUUGUGCGCGUGAAAGCUCGGUCAAACGACUUCAUGAGCUUCUACAAUGAGCCGCCGUUCGACAAAUUACUGCCCGAUCCUAUUCCCGAGUAUGGCCGGCCGUAUACACUUGUGAUUGCGCUUGAGGACCUGAUGAUCCAUUCGUCGUGGUCGCGCGAGCACGGCUGGCGGAUUGCGAAGCGCCCCGGAUUGGAUUACUUCCUUGCCUACCUGUUUCAAUACUAUGAGGUGAUCGUGUUUACAAACCAGCCCGAGGCAAUGGCCGCGCCCAUUCUGCAGAAGGUCGACCAGCAGCCUGGAUACAUCAUGUUCCCGCUGUUCCGUGCGCACACCAGAUACGUGGACGGAAAGUAUGUGAAGGACCUUAACUACCUCAACCGCGACUUGAGCAAGGUGGUAAUGCUGGAGACGAACCCGGAUGCGUGGUCCGCGAACCCUGACAACACCGUCAAGCUGCCGCCGUGGAAAGGCGAUGCCAAUGACCGCGAUCUGGUAGCGCUGAUCCCGUUCCUGGAGUACAUCGCCGCCAUGGGUGUGAAGGAUGUUCGGCCGAUCAUCAAGGACUUUGAGGGCACACACAUCCCAACCGAGUUCGCCCGGAGGGAAGAGCUCAUCCGGAUGCAACUGAGGAAGGAGCUCGGACAGAAGAAAACAAAGAGCAAGGGGCCGCCGUCGUGGAUGGUGAGCGCGCUUGGUAUGAGGCCGAAAGACGAUCAGGAAGAGGAUGUCAAGACUUUCAUGGAUCUCGCCAGAGAACGCGGCCAGCAGAGCUACCUUACCAACCAGAAACAUCUGGAGUCGCACCGUGAAGAUAUGUUGAGGGAGCAGCAGCAGGCUGAGAAGGAGAUGGCCGAGCAGAUGAAGACCAGUCUAUCCAAGAUCUUUACUGAGGGUCUGCCGAAGCAGCCAGGACAGUAGAUGGACAGAUUGUUACGGGGGAGGAAAUGUAAGAAAUUCGGCGACUGUAUCAUAGGAGAUUGUGCUCUGCUCUUUCAUUACCGUACUUUGGAAUGAACAUACUACCUAUACUGCUUUUUUAACUUCUGUUAUGCGAAAGUUUUGGAAAUGGGAACGGCGGGACGGGUGGGUUUGUAAUCCACUCGAGAGAAGAAGAUGGGUGUUGGAUGUUCAAGUGCUAUGUACUUGAUGUACGAUAGUGUUCUGAAUACAGCGACGAAUUCCGU